GUUAGCGCGUUGUUUAUUUCUUCCGGGUCCUCCAUGUGUCUCGUGCGCAAGUUUUGCCGACACAAAUAAUAAUAAUAAUCGUUUCGUUUUCUAUAGAGCAGAGCGGCUUAUUUUCCAUGUGUACACAAUGGGCAAAUUAAACGUGGUUGUGCUGAGAUACCUGUCUCGGGAUGAUUUCCGUGUGCUGACGGCUGUGGAAAUGGGAAUGAAGAAUCAUGAGAUCGUACCAGUCAGCUUAAUCGCAUCGAUUGCAAGUCUGAGACAUGGAGGGUGCAAUAAAGUUCUUCGAGAGCUGGUCAAACACAAACUGCUGGCCUACGAGCGCUCCAAAACUGUGCAGGGAUAUCGCCUGAACUAUGGCGGUUAUGAUUAUCUGGCUCUGAAGGCGCUGUCAUCUCGAAACGUCAUUUUGUCUGUGGGAAACCAAAUGGGAGUCGGGAAAGAGUCAGAUAUUUACAUCGUAGCUAAUGAAGAAGGAGAACAGUUUGCCCUGAAGCUCCACAGACUCGGGAGAACAUCUUUCCGGAACCUGAAGAAUAAACGAGAUUACCAUAAACACAGACACAACAUAUCCUGGCUCUACCUGUCCCGGCUCUCCGCCAUGAAGGAAUAUGCCUACAUGAAAGCCCUGUAUGACCGGGGCUUUCCAGUUCCAAAACCAGUGGACUAUAACCGACACGCAGUCGUUAUGGAGCUCAUCAAUGGUUAUCCUCUGUGUCAAGUGCGUGAAAUUCAAGACCCGGCCUCGUUGUACAACGAAAUCAUGGAGCUGAUAGUCAAACUGGCCAAUCAUGGACUUAUUCAUGGAGAUUUCAACGAGUUCAAUCUGAUGCUCGACGACAACGAUCACGUAACAAUGAUCGAUUUUCCGCAGAUGGUGUCCACUUCACAUCCAAAUGCAGAAUGGUAUUUUGACAGAGAUGUCAAGUGUGUCCGAGAUUUCUUCAUCAAACGGUACAACUACGAAAGCGAACUGUACCCGACAUUUAAAGAUAUCAGAAAAUCCUGCUCUCUCGAUGUAGAGAUCUCGGCCAGUGGUUACACCAAAGAGCUGCAGCAGGAUGACCAGCUUCUCCACCCAGCCGGCCCAGAGGGUGAGGAGAACCCCAGUGAAGAGGAAGACGAUGCUCCCGAAGCUCCAGAGCCUGUUUGUGAGGAGUCGAUUGAUGUGGAGGAGUACAAACGUGCUAUUCUGGAACUCGAGGGCAUGAAGAUCGGGAACGAGGCCUCUUCAGAUGAGAAAAGGUCAGAGGAAGAAGACCACGCUGAGAAGGAGAUCUGUCCCGAGAGUGGUAAUGAUUCAGUCACGGACAGUUCCAAUAGGUUGGAGAGCAACGAGGAGAACGAGGACGAAUGCCCAGAAUUGGUCGAUCUUUCAGCUUUCAACAAAGACUUUAAACCUUUCAGAGAUCAAGACAGCUUACUUCAUGUGAAUGCGCACAGACAAAGAACGACCAGUGAAACGUCCAUCGGAAGCGUCACCAGCCAGUCCACGAUUCCUCCAUCGGUGAUCAGACAGAAGGUGAAGCGACAGCUCACUCAGCAGCAGAAGGCUGCACAGAGGAGACGUCUACAAAAAGGAGAAGCCAACCUGGUGACUAAAGAGAGGAGAGAAAACCUGAGCAACAUCAAGAGUAGCAUGGAAGCAGCACAGUUCUGGGGAUGAGGACGUACGGGACUGGUUUAUCACUGCCGCGGCUUGGACUUGGACUUGCCUUUUAAAAUUUAUUUAAGUGGCAUUUAAUAAUAAGCUGCAUCAGACAUUAAUAAAUUGUUUAUAUCGAGCUUCUGCAUGGUCAUCAUUUCAGCUGUUUUUUGACCCAUAAUGUUGCAGCAGAAUUAAAAGAUUUUGGUACAAAUUUACAGCUCUGAAGUAGCACUCUAUAUAAGAGGGAAACAAAUAGGAGACUCUCAUAUUAUAUACAGAAUGAUGACAGUUCAAUGAAGUUUAA